UAAGCGAAGUUUAUCAAAAUAUAUAAAAGUCAGUCACAUUUCUUCACUACCUUUGUCACCUUUUCAAAUUUACAUGGAUGCAGUGACUAUGUCCCACAGCACAGCUCCAGCCUCCUCGGUCCCCUCGACUUCUUCAAAUGCUUCGUGCACAAAAGGUGAAAAUACAUCCACGCCGUUUAGGCCUACGGGUAAAAGGAGCCAAAACUUUGAAAUAACUGUGCUGAUGAAACUGGACACCAUCAUCGAAAACCAAAAGGAGGAGCUGUCCCUACUUAGAAGACUGGUGUCAUCUGGUGAUGCCAGUGCUUCUAAUUACCCGUACGAGGAGCCUCUGACUGAGCCCAUGGACACUAUCGACGACAUGGAACAAACGAAGGAAAAGCUCCAAGAUAGUUCCUUUAGAAAACAAAUGUUGCGCUAUCUGGGCGCAGUAGGGGGCACUUCGUGCGGCGACAUAGUUCGCCACAUGAUGCGAAAGAUGGGAACAUUCCGUCUGUGGUCGUUCUACAGCCUCCGUGGUCGGAAAGGGAAGCGUUCCUUCAAAAGUCACCCUCUGUGCAUGAUUGUUGUUC